UACUCUCCGCCAUCUUUACCCGCCCGCUGUGCCCCAGAAGCCCAAUUCUCGCCUUCUCGUGCGUCACAUCCGGACACCUUGGGCUCAGCCUCCUUCAGACACUGGUGCCUUGGGCGCCAUCUUGGUUAGGGGCACUUCCGGUUAAGCGUCACCCUCCGGAACCCGAGAAAGUGCCUGUUCCUGUUGCACUCUGCAUCCAGGCUUCCUGGUCUCUCACUGUUCCGGAACUCACGCAGACCUGGGACCAUGGCUGUCUCCACUCUUAAUAGAGGUUUGCCUCUAGUGGCAGUGUGCCAGGUGACAUCAACACCAGAUAAGGAACAAACUUUUGCAGCCUGCUCAGGACUAGUUCGGGAGGCUGCCAAGUUGGGUGCCUGCCUGGCCUUCUUGCCUGAGGCCUUUGACUUCAUUGCACGUGAUCCUGCAGAGACACUCCAGCUGUCAGAGCCACUAGGUGGGGAUCUUGUGAGUCGAUAUGCCCAACUGGCCAGGGAAUGUGGACUCUGGAUAUCCCUUGGUGGUUUUCAUGAACGGGGCCAAGACUGGGAGCAGACUCAGCGAAUCUAUAAUUGUCAUGUGCUCCUGGACAACAAAGGAUCUAUUGUGGCCACAUAUAGAAAGACUCACCUCUGUGAUGUGGAACUUCCAGGACAGGGAUCCAUGUGUGAGAGCAACUCUACUGCACCUGGGCCCACUCUUGGAUCACCUAUCAGUACACCAGCCGGCAAGGUAGGCCUGGCCAUCUGCUAUGACCUGCGUUUUCCAGAGCUCUCCCUUGCCUUGGCCCAGAAUGGUGCUGAAAUUCUCACCUACCCUUCAGCCUUUGGCUCAGUCACAGGCCCAGCCCACUGGGAGGUGCUGCUCCGGGCUCGAGCCAUAGAGACACAGUGCUAUGUGGUUGCAGCAGCACAGUGGGGACAGCACCACGAAAAAAGAGGGAGUUAUGGACACAGUAUGGUGGUAGAUCCCUGGGGAGUUGUGGUCGCACGCUGUUCUGAGGGGCCAGGUCUCUGCCUUGCCCACAUUGACCUGGCCUAUCUGCGACAAGUACGCCAGCAUAUGCCUGUGGCCCAGCACCGAAGGCCUGACCUGUAUGGCAAUUUAGGUCGACCAGAUCUUUGACACUUGCUGAGCUAGGACCUUAUUCAGAGACAGUGAGGAUCUGUGGCUUGGAGGCAGGACCCCAGGCCACUGAAGAACCUCUACUCUGCUUCUUUCAUGGCACACAGAUUUAACCAGUCGUAAAGUUCCCUCAAAAUGCUUUUAUGGGCUCAGAAUUAGUUUUAUAUAGAUGGGCUCUUAAUUUUAUGAAAACUAAAGCUACAUCAAGGUCUUGAGUAGCACUGACAUUGGAAAAAUAUAGUCAUGAAGUCUCAA